AUGGCCGAGUGCAGGCCCGCGGCGUACCUAAACGGGACCCGGCAGAAGCGCGACGUGCCGUUGUCGAGAGAGGCCAGGGCGCAGCUGCAGUUGAAGCGCAUCGAGAAGAUCAACCUCCGCCAGCAGGAGGAGCUGGGCAGGGAGCGCGUGCCCGUCAGUGUAGCCGCUAUGAGCAUCGUCAAGUACUGCAGCGAAACAAAGGACUACAUGGUGCCGUCGGCCUGGGGCAGGAUCCCGCGGGACGAGGAUCCGUACGCGACGAAGCAAUCCAACGGGUGCUGCACCGCCAUGUAG